CAAUCCUUCAGCAACGACGUCAACAGAACGCUCUCCCCUCAAUCCCACAACAAUCAUAUUCAAAAUGGCAGGCUUCGUCAACGCCGAGAACAAGGUGCCUCAGCACCAGCGCACCUACCAGGCUGCUUACAGAGGCCACACCCGCAUCUGGCGCAUUCACCCCAGAAGCACCGUCCUGUACGUGCCUUUCGUCAUCACUAUGUGGGGAACCACUGCUGCCACGAUGUACGCGAUGGGUCGCAAGGUUCUGGGCUAUAACACUUGGUUUGGCAGCUCUUAAGUCUUGAGGAUGUCGAGGAGAUUACAAAAGGAGAGUCGGGGUGAAUGCGCAUGUAGAGAAGGAUAGACGAGCAAAGCAAUCAAUGGAGGGGAUCACCGCGCGAAGCGCUUUGAUACUUUCAUGGUUCAAAGUGCAGGUUCUAAUUCAUUACGCCCAUUCUGACUU